GGGAGGUGCCAGCGGCGCCCCGGGGCCGUCGCCGCCGCCGCGAUCGCAGCGGGGCCGCAGCGGAGCCGGCGCCGGAGCCGGAGCCGGAGCGGAGCAGCGGCGGGAGGAGGACAGCGCGGCGCGGGGCGGCGCGGCGCGGGGCGGCUGGGCGGGCGCGCAGCGGCGGCGGCUCCGCUGACUUGUCCCUCCCGCGGAGCAGGGCGAGCCGCCGCCUGCGAGCCCGGCUCCUCGGCAGCGGAGGACGGGGUGAAAGAGGGACAAACUAAACGCCAAACAAACCCCAACGGCUGCGCCCGCCUGAUUUUUUUUUUUUCUUCCUUAAUUAUUUCGAGAAAUACUGUUAGUGUGUUUUUGGCAAUUUGUGCCUCGUGUGGAGUUGUUUUCCGCACACCCCUGACGAACAAAGGAAAAGGGGGAGGGGGACCGCGCUUCGCAGAAGACAUGCGUUCAGUCAGGAAGAGGUGGACUGUGUGCACGAUAAGUCUCCUCCUCAUCUUUUACAAGACGAAAGAAAUAGCGCGGAGCGAGGAGCGCCAGGAGGCACCGCUCGGCGGAGAUGGCGAACUGAGUUUGAGUAGAUCAAUGAUCAAUAGCUCUGAUAAGAUAAUUCGAAAGGGUGGCUCCUCAAUCUUCCAGCAUGCUGUAGAAGGUUGGAAAAUCAAUUCUUCUUUGGUACUGGAAAUAAGAAAGAACAUUCUUCGAUUCUUGGAUGCUGAAAGAGAUGUCUCAGUGGUCAAAAGCAGCUUCAAGCCAGGAGAUGUAAUACAUUAUGUACUAGACAGGCGCCGCACCCUAAACAUUUCUCAGGAUUUGCACAGCCUUCUCCCUGAAGUUUCCCCAAUGAAGAAUCGCCGAUUUAAAACGUGUGCAGUUGUUGGGAAUUCUGGCAUCCUUCUAGACAGUGGAUGUGGCAAAGAGAUUGAUAGCCAUGACUUUGUAAUAAGGUGCAAUCUAGCUCCUGUGGUGGAGUUUGCUGCCGAUGUGGGAACUAAAUCUGAUUUUAUUACCAUGAACCCAUCAGUUGUACAAAGAGCAUUUGGAGGCUUUCGGAAUGAGAGUGACAGAGAAAAAUUUGUGAAUAGACUCUCCAUGCUGAAUGACAGUGUCCUUUGGAUCCCUGCUUUCAUGGUCAAAGGUGGAGAGAAGCAUGUGGAGUGGGUUAAUGCAUUAAUCCUUAAGAAUAAAUUGAAAGUGCGAACCGCCUAUCCAUCACUGAGACUUAUUCAUGCUGUCAGAGGCUACUGGCUGACAAACAAGGUCCACAUUAAACGACCCAGCACUGGUCUCCUCAUGUAUACACUUGCCACCAGAUUUUGUGAUGAAAUUCACCUGUAUGGAUUUUGGCCAUUCCCAAAGGAUUUACAUGGAAAACCAGUCAAGUAUCAUUAUUAUGAUGAUCUGAAGUAUCGGUACUUUUCUAAUGCCAGUCCUCAUAGGAUGCCAUUAGAGUUUAAAACGUUGUAUGUAUUACAUAACAGAGGAGCACUUAAAUUAACAACAGGGAAAUGCAUACAGCAAUAAAGCACAUGUAGAGUACAAUAAGAAGACCAGAACACACACUUCAUCAUAAGGAUGUUGUGGAAUGACAAUGAGACUCCAGUGAGGAUAUGUUUCAAUACCCCCUAAGCCAUCGGGAAAAGGAAUUUUAUCAGAAGUACAUAACCAGCUGUUAUACCUGUAAAGUGCUAUGUAACUAAGCUAACUUGACUGCAAGGGUUCAAGUAAGUGCCACUUUCAUUAAGAACAAAGCUUGAAUGUAUACUCAGUAGUGUUUACAGGAUCCAGUGAUACAUUCGUCAUGAAUUAAAGAAGAAGAAUAUAGCCUGCUUACUGCUGACUUGCCACUGUGGUCAGACAGCCCACAGAAGAAAUCCCCAGUGGGUGGAAAACUUUCUUGAGCAAAUAAACCAGGCUAUGGCAUAAAACGUCAUGGUGGAACCAAGUAGAGAAAGUGAAGUCCAUAAGAUCAAACAAAUCAGUAAAUGCCUUCAGUCAGAGGACUGUUCCUGAUCUUGUAUUAUAACCUCAGCUUUUGUUGCUAUUUUUCAUAUUGCUGUUGGUCGGGUUUUGUUGUUUUUGAGUAUUGGAGCCCUUACAGGAUUUUGAAGAUGUUAUGAAUAAUUAAAAGUGUAUAUCUUAUGGAAUUGUCUUAGGAAAAAAUUCAUAAGGGUGGGAGGGUAGAGGGAAACAUCAAAUAUUUUAUCAGUUGUUAUUGUGUUGUAUCCUGCUGUCAUACAAUCCUUAAUGUCCCAAUUGUUUUUCUAGUUACUGCUGUCAAUACCCACUAUGUGGAACCACUCAGAGGUCAUUUUGAUCCAUUUUUAAAGAGAAGUUUUUCUGUUGUGUUCAAAUCUGAAGACAUAUGAGAAGGUGCCUUUAUUUUUGGUACCAAAGAUUACUCUAAUACACAUUUUUUCCUUUCCUUAAAGACAUGGUGUAGAUUUAGUAUGAUGUUUCUUUGCUGCUGAAGGGAACAUAUUCUUUAUGUUAUUUAAAUUUUUGUAUUAAGCAUCUCAAAGCAAAACCUCUUUACUGACUUUGCAUGUAGAAUUUCAUUCUUCAGGAAAAUCUGCAGGAGUAAAGAAAUUAUUUCAUACAUUCAAAUACAUAUAUAUACAAUCUUUAUUCCUGAUUUAAAGUAAAACUCAAAGUCGAAAGGAACUCAGGUGACAUUGGGACAUGUCUAAAGAAAAAAAAAAGAUCUAGCCAAUUAAAUAGAAAUUGAAAGAACUGUAAAUCAAACAGUUGUUUUAAAACUUAAAUUUCUAAUGGUGUUGGAUGAUAUCUCUCUCUCUAUUAUACCUCUUUUAUAUCAGCUUGGUGUUCUGAUAUGUAAUUGACUAAAAUAGCAGAGUUGUAUUAUCUCACGGUGAUUUUUCUGAGCAUCAGUCUUGUUUAUCAGCGAAACCAAGAAUUCUUUCGCUCUCUUCUUUCAAAAAAGAGAACAAGAAAUUAAAGGAAGGCAGGACAGAGUGGAGUGUCAGUACACUAUAUACUUAGAUACAGAACCUCUCUUUAUAUGGUAUGUUUAAUGCUAAUGGAGCAGGUAAAUGAAGAACGCCAUGGUUCCACCAUUUUCAUGUCAGGCUAGGCUAAAGAGGAGGCAUGCUUUUACAGUGUGUGGGUAUUUUCUUGUUUAUUUUUCAGCUCUACAUUAGGUCCUUUUCUCCAAAUAUGAUACUCAGUGUAUCUAUUGAAUUUGCAUCUAGCUUGAGCAAUUUCUUAGGUAGCAGAACACUCACAAACAUUUACUCGGUAGAAGUGCCAUUUAUUACCCAUUUUUCCUCUUAAGUUCACGUGUAUUUCAUAAUGAAUGACUAGAGGCCUGUGAUUAGGCAAAUUUAGUAGCUAAAUCCCUGCCUUGCAGGCAGUUUUGCCAAAAGUUGAUGGGAAAUAGGAAGUCAUUCUGCUAUAUCUAAGACACAGUAGAAUCUUUCCUUAUUCACCGGUUUCUCCUACUGAGGACAGUUUACUUUGACUAUAUGCUAAGGUGUGGGAUGUGGUCCUAGCAUGAUCACCCCUGAAAUGAAGACAUCACAAGAAACUAAACAGCAAUACAGACUAGAAAGUGUUUAAUUUGUUGUUGAUAAGCCAGAGGCUGUUAUUUGUGCACUGUAAAAUUGCAGUUUAAGACAACAUCGUUUCCUUGAUGAAGGGUGGGCAUAUUCUGUUCUUUCCGUUAGGCUUUUUCUGCUGUUGAUCUCUUAAAACAUAUUUCAUACACAUUGAUAGAAUUUCUAUUGAGAUAAAGAAUUCACAGGUACCAGUCUCACAGAAGCUCAGAGAAGCAUCUUUUCAGAUUUAUCUUUUCUUCUGGGAAUGUCUUCUCUUCUCUCUAGUGUCAGGUCAUCAACAAAAAGGGAAUUCAAGUAGACUAAAAUAUUAACUGACAGGUGUGGGUUUUUUUCACCUCAGGGAAGGUUUUAAUAUACCAACUGAUUAUUUCUCUGAGAGAAAAGUAUGCGGAGACACUCUAUAUUCCUAUGGCAGUAAAAAAAUUUACUUGUGUAACUGAAUAAGUGAAAACCAUGUAAAUAGGAAGAUAGAUGAGAAAGUUUGUCUCUAGAAGUCAGCAGAUGAAGAAAAAUUUGGCCUGAACUUGUUGCGCAAGCUUCACAUUUGAUACUCUGUGAGUGAAGUUAACUUUAGUAACUUUAGUACAUAAGCCAUGGAGUCCAAGCUUUUGCCCUACCACUAAAUCUGAUAGAACAGGGUGAUAAAGGGCAGUGUUUCUCCAACUUGGUUGGCACAAGACAUGACAGUAGCAUGUACUUCCAGGACAAAAGAGUUUGUCCAUACCUUCUCAAAACUGGGCCUUAAUCUCAUCUCCUGCCAGCUUUCCAGCUUCAGUACUGCACACUUCUGGCACCAUGAGCAAUGGUCUUAUGUCUCUCUACUGUCAUCCACACUCAUCCUUCUCAUAGCAGCCACCCCCUCAAACUGGCACCCAGCUGUGUCUCCCUACCAAAAGCAUAGGAUUCCUCACUAACCUUUCUCCUCUCUCACCUGCCUUAGCUUUAACCUGAGCUGAAGUAUAAUGUAGCGAGUGGUAGGUUUCAAACCAUCCUCUGAGGCAAGUAGCGGUUGCAGUCUUUGACCAUGAAGAUUUUCACAAGCACUAGGAGUCAUUUUACUCUAUUGCUUUUGUAUCAAAUAUGGAGCCCAAAGCUUAUGGAACUCCCUGGUGUGUGGUUUGUUGUGCUGCAAAUUGUCCAGAGCUUUUUCCCUUGGGUUACGUGGCCUUGGUUGUUAGCCCUCUGACUGCAGGGAAGCUGUAGCAACAGAUUCAUUGCAGACACCCUUUCUUACCUUUCCCUUACCUUUCCCUGGCUCUAUUGCCCUGGUGAUCUUUGUGCUUUUCUACUGAGGCACCCCAGGUUGUGAACGAAAAAAACAGAUUACUUCCACUGUGUGACUCUUUGUCCCUAUAGGUACCUGGGCAUAGCCCCAGAGGCUUACCUGCUGUAUAAGGAAUUUACAGUGGAAUAAAUUUCAUCUUGUGGUCCUUCACUGGGCAGCAGCCAACAGCUCAAGCCUUCAUAGCUGCCUUGGAUGGUUUCUCUUGUUUAUAUACAUUCACACCUCCUGUGCUGCCUACAGCACAGAAGAGGUAAACAUGCUUUAUUAUAAUCACUUUUCUCAUCCAACACUAUCAACAACUAAUAUGAAGUAGAUAGAUAGAAUAAAAAGAAGAAGGAUCCCUAAUAUUGUUAUGGUAUCUGCCCUGCUGAGGAACAACUGAGGACUGCCCAUCAGCUGAGUGUUCCUCAAAUUUAUCCUCACAUCAGUAAUAUCAACUGCCGCCUAUGGUUCCUAAAAUGUAUGUUAAGAACUGGGAGCUACAUCAAGACAGCAGACAGUGUAUAUUUUUCUGAAUCUUAUGGCAGCUUUACAUUGAACAACGUGAUUCCAUUCAGAUAAAUUUAUUGUAUAUUUAUUAAUGUACAUGUUAAUGUUUCUGUGGCAGACAGUCUCUCAUAUUUCAUAAAAAUAAUAGAUAAAUAUAUUUGAUUGUUAAGUUUUCAGCUUUGGGACAGUUCUCUCUCCCACAGCUCUGAGCCACUCUCCAGAUAUAAGAUCUACUGAACCUUCCAAACUUUGGCUGGUUUACACAACCUGAUGUGUAAUAAAGAGUGUACCAUUCUUUUGUUAAACAAUAUAAUCAACAUAUGCUUGAGGUCAGCAUUUUUCCUCUAUUUGAUGGAAUUUGAAGAAAAACAGGAGUGGGUUCAGUACCUUUUUUUAGUGUUUGAUCUAGCAAAGUGCUGAGCACUCUUUACAGUGACUUUCCUGGGAGAGACAUGUCCAGGAUUUAGAUGGGGAUCUAGAUUAGCAUAUUUCAGGAUAUAAGUCUGAAAUGGCACAUUAUUUAUUUUUAAGAGCACUGUUACUUUGUGUAGGGAAAAGCACAAUUGUUCUAAAUGUAGAUAAAAUAAAGGAAAAGCCUUUACAGAGAGCUUCAUUCCUGCACAGUACUAUUGCUACUGAGCAUAUAUAAUAGAAUUUCUCAGUUUAAAGUAUUGAUAUGUAUUCUGUCAGGAUUGUCAUGUUUGACACUGUUAAUAUUAUUUCAAGUACAGAUAUGGGGAUUGUUUUUUAUUUGUAUAACUGUAAAAUAAAAUUUUUUUCAUUUUUUUCUGCUA